GUCCAGAUUGUGUGGCACAUAUCCCUUAUUCCAAACUAUCUCACUUAACCGCUAAGCUUCCCUCUUUUGAACGAAGCAUCCGCUUCCUAUAAAAAAACAAACUCGAACCUCAUUUUCAAACACUCAUUUCAAUCAUGGUGGUUGUUAUUGAAGAAGAAGAAGGUAUUGAAUUUCACGAUCUCCCUGAAGGUUGCAUCGAGAACGUUCUCUCGUUCACCACGCCGCAAGACGUUGCGAGACUCUCUCUGGUUUCGUCAACGUUCAAAUCUGCUGCCGAAUCCGAUUCCGUUUGGGAUAAGUUCUUGCCGGCGGAUUAUCGGUCGAUUAUCUCUCAAUCGGAAACGGAUGUUGAUGAUUCUUUAUCUGUUCUUUCUAAGAAGGAUCUCUAUGUUAAUCUUACGCAGAAACCGAUUCUCAUAGACGGUGGUAAAAAGAGCUUUCAAUUGGAUAAAGUUGAUGGGAAGAAAUGCUAUAUGUUAUCGGCGAGGAGCUUGUUUAUUGUUUGGGGAGAUACGCCUAGGUAUUGGAAAUGGAUUUCUCUUCCGGAUUCGAGGUUUUCUGAGGUUGCUGAACUUGUUAGUGUGUGUUGGUUUGAAAUUCGUGGCUGGAUCAACACCAGUAUGCUAUCUCCACAGACUUCGUACGGAGCAUAUCUUGUAUUCAAGGCAACUGGUUCUGGUACCUAUGGGUUUGAAUAUCAGCCAGUUGAAGCCUCCAUUGUCAUUGCUGGAGGCGAUCAUGUCGAGAGAAAUGUAUUCUUGGAUGCAGAAAGAGGAAGAAGGCUGAGAUACCAAAUAGUUCCUCGUCGUUUCCGUACCGGGAUAUUCAGUCGAGCUCCUUUUGUGGAAGCGCCAGUAGCCCCCACCGAAAGUGUUGAAGAUAUGCAGAAGUAUCCGAAGGAUAGGCCAGAUGGAUGGUUGGAGAUGGAAUUGGGAGAGUUUUUCAACGAAGGAGAUGAUGAUAAAGAGAUGGAGAUAGGAGUUUAUGAGGUCAAGGGUGGUGGCUGGAAGGGUGGCCUUGUUGUUCAAGGAAUUGAAAUAAGGCCUAAGCCUAAAUCGUGUUGAAUGAGUGACUAAACCAAAAACGUAGGUUAUUGUCAUCUCAAUGUUUGUGAUUUUUGUAUUAGGAUCUGUUCUUGGAUAUGUCAUCCUCAUCUUCAUGUUGGUACAGACAGAUUCAUAUAGAUAUUACUGGUAAGAUUAUGUUUCUUCUAAUAUGCACUCAAUGCGGAUUAUUAGCAUCUCUGGUAAGAGGAAUGUCACCCCAAUCAAUGAGUAUUGGGAGUGAUCAUGUUGUUUGUCUUUUUUUACCUAGUCAUAUUUAUUUAAAUUAAUAAUUAUAAAUAAACUACAUUGAUAAUUUUUCAAUGUUUUAGUGCAA